UGUAUUGCAGCCUGAGUAUUACUAGCUUUAAAGCCUGAACACAGAGGUUUGCAAAAUGAAUGGAGACCCUUUUCAGGAGACCAUAUACAUUGAAGAAAACACACAUAAAAAUGAUAUGAUCUCUUUGAUUUUCUCUCUGAAAGAAAAGGUUGGGGCGUUGGCUAAAGUUCUGCGCAUAUUUGAGGAAAAAAGUAUAAACCUGAUCCAUAUUGAGUCCAGACCUUCCCGAGUCAACAAGGAUGAGUAUGAAUUCUUCAUAAACCUGGAUAGGAGGAAUACUCCUCUUCUCACGGAUAUCAUCAAGACUUUGAGAAAUGAAAUUGGAGUGACUGUUCAUGAGCUUUCACGUAAAAAGAAGAAAGAUGCUGUGCCGUGGUUCCCGAGAACUAUCCAGGAGCUUGACAGAUUUGCCAAUCAGAUCCUAAGCUAUGGAGCUGAACUGGAUGCAGACCACCCUGGUUUCAAAGAUCCUGUUUACCGGGCCCGCAGAAAGGAGUUUGCUGACAUCGCCUACAACUACAGACACGGGCAGCCUAUUCCUAAAGUGACUUACACAGAGGAAGAAAAGAAAACGUGGGGCACAGUCUUCAGGGAGCUGAAGACUCUCUAUCCAACUCAUGCUUGCUACGAACACAACCAUGUGUUCCCACUACUGGAAAAAUACUGUGGCUACCAGGAGGAUAAUAUUCCACAACUUGAAGACGUUUCAAAAUUCUUGCAAAGUUGCACUGGAUUCCGCUUACGCCCUGUCGCUGGCCUGCUGUCUUCUCGGGAUUUCCUGGCUGGUUUGGCAUUCAGAGUGUUUCACUCUACACAGUACAUCCGCCAUGGAUCUAAACCAAUGUACACACCAGAACCUGAUGUUUGCCAUGAGCUCCUGGGACAUGUACCUCUGUUUGCUGACAUUAGUUUUGCUCAGUUUUCCCAGGAAAUUGGACUCGCAUCCUUGGGAGCGCCAGAUGAAUAUAUUGAGAAACUUGCUACGGUCUAUUGGUUUACGGUGGAAUUUGGACUCUGUAAAGAAGGUGAUGCAAUAAAGGCCUAUGGUGCUGGGCUGCUGUCUUCAUUUGGCGAGUUGCAGUACUGUUUAUCAGAUAAGCCUGAAAUUCAGUCCCUUAACCUGGAGAAGACUUCAGUCCAGAAAUACCCCGUCACUGAGUUCCAGCCCGUUUACUAUGUUGCUGAAAGUUUUAAAAAUGCAAAGGAAAAAGUAAGGAGAUUUGCUUCAACAAUCCCUCGACCUUUCUCCGUUCGCUACAAUCCAUACACCCAGAGAAUUGAAGUCUUGGACAACGCAAAGCAGUUGAAGAAUUUAGCUGAGUCCAUCAGCAGUGAGAUGGGAACUCUUUGCAGUGCCCUCAAGAAGAUAGAAUGAAGGUUUUCUCAGCAUCCUCUCUUCCAAGAGCUACUGGCUGAAGUGACUAUAUGCAAAUGCCAAUAAUAUUCUAGCUAUUUCACAUUAUCACUCUAUUGAAUGUAUGAAGGUUUAUGAUAUAUAUACACACAGACACAUAUAUAUAUAUAUAUAUUACUUAAUUACUAUAGCUUAGCAACAAAAGUGGCUUCUGUGGGUGACUCUGUGCUCUCUUUGGUUGCAUAUCAUAAUUCUGUUUAAAAUUCACCCCAGCCCGGGUGACUAUCCAUGUCCUGCACAUUUUUUCUGUCUGAAUCCUGGAGGCUGGCAGAAGAGGGAAUCCUUCUCCAUUCACCAGCCUGUGAAGUUACUGCAGCCCUGGUACUGCAUUGCCCCCAUGUCCCAGUGGCAACGUGGCAAUGGCUAGCAGCAGAUUCACCUAUCCUGCCACAUCCCUCCUACACUCCCAUCCCCCCCAGCCUGCAGCCAUGCCAGGUUCCCCUGGAGAGCUAAGCUCUGUAUCCCUAGCUAGUACGCAGGCUAUACAUGUGCUCACAAACCAUGUCUCCUACAUAGCAAAUCUGCACCUCUUCCACCACACAUGGGGCACGCUGCACAGAGAAGAGGCCACAGUUUGCCACCUUGACAUGGGGCUUAAGUGGUACCUUGUGGGGGUCCUCUGCACUGGGAUGAAUUUUGCUGUAAAAGUUUUUGUUCUUCAAAAGUGACUUCAGAUUUAGUCAAAGUGUAGACGCUCUGCUGUUACUAGUGGAGAAUGUGUUUUCAGUAUGUUUCUGACUCAUUAGUGAAACUUUUUCUUCCAGUAUUAAAAUAUUGUGUUCACACCAUGUGCAAUGUGUUCUCACAGCUCAUAGUCCAGGGACUAAAUUUGCUAGGUCACAAAUUGGAUAUUUGAACAAUCCUGAGCUAAGCAGAGCAAAUCAGUGUUUCCCAUUAACAAUUUUCCCAUACACAAGUUUCAACUUGUGAUGACAGGUUUCAGAGUGGUAGCCGUGUUAGUC